UUUUAUUUCCUUAGACGUUUGGAAAUAUAAUUGAAUCACUUUAAAAACGGAAUAUUGCUGAACUUGUAAGAUCUGAUAUAUCGACUCACUCCAAUAUAUGAGUGUAACUGAAUCAAGGGAGCUUGAGUCAGCCUAAGAUCAAUAAUUGGAUUCCCGGCACUAUAUACUGAGUAAAGAGAGUAUGAACUACGAACGAUCUUCUCAAUUCAUGAAGUAAGGUAUUUUCGCUCUGUACAUCACUUUGAGAUCAUGAAUUAUAGAAAUUAUUAUAUUUAAUUACUCUAAAUACUGUCUUUGACUUCUUUUGUUUUAAACUAUUUUUCUCUCAACAGGUUAAAAAUGGCCACUACAGGAGCCAUUGUUGACUUGAUGUCGUCUGCAUCAGGAGUCGGGCUGCCUAAUGAAAGAGAUACAAUUUACCGCAAUAUUGUCGGUGUCAUGUCCCUGGCUCCCAAGAUCAUGCGGUACGUUUUGAACCUGGAAUGUGAAGACAAGCCAUGCGAUGAGACCUACAGGCAGUACAUGUAGUGCCGGCGCGGAAGCCCUUACUCGAAUAAGGAAUGGAAAAGGAUAUUUGCAUUUAGUGCAUUUGAUUUAGAAAAUAUUAAAAAUGCUGACAAUCUAAAUAUUUUUUCAUCUUUCAUACUGCUUGAUGGUCUUCUUUCGGAACCUGAAAAACAAAAAAUUCCGAGCGAUGGACUGCUGAAUAAGCUGCGUGCUGUCAAAUAUCUGCGGAACGAGGCCUCUCAUAUUUUGAAUAUUUAUCACAACCGACAGCUUUGAAUGAAUUAAAAAUUGAACUUAUGGAACAUGUAGAAAAAUCCGAAAGGUUUUACUGUCUUCCCCAGUCUGAACUUGUAGAUAUAAAACUGGAGCUUAUCCACGACGUACAGAACUUGCUGGCGCCGUCAAAGAAUGCCGAGCAAGCCGCCCUCGCCAAACUCGCCGAGGACGAAAUUUGGACAAUCAAUAAUGGUCGUGAGCUUGCAGAGAUUUGUCCGACGUUACCGCACGUGCAGCCAAGACUGCUUACGGUGUCUAUGGAAGCCCCCGACCUGAGGGCGACUCAGUGGGCAGAACUUGUGACGCGUCGCGUGGGGGACGUCGAACUUCGGCUGGGGGGCCUUGAAUGCGAGUACGAUGCCCAUGACGACCUCCUCCAGCCACUGCUUGGGAGCAAAAUUAGACUGGUCCACUUGGAGGGUUGUGUGGGCACCCCCGCUGCAGUGGCCGCUCUCGCUUCAGUUGUCCACAACGCUCGUCUGACCAUCCGCAUGCCGGCGCCCCUGGACCUCAGCGCCCUCAGUGGCACGUACGAGCAACUCGGCGUGUACACGUUCCCACUGCCCACCACCUCCCCAAAGUGUGCGCUGCCGUCAUCGCCCUCACCAGCACUGCCUGUGGACGGGGCGGAUGAGGGGUCUUGGGAGGCCGUGGCCCACACCGUCGCCUCAUUUGCACCUAACGGGGACCGGUUUGGGGAGCUGGAUGUGUUAGACAGCGAGCUGCGUGCGGAAGACGUGCAGCUUCUGCUGCUGAGACUCCAGGAGCUGCGCGUCAGGACGGGCGGCGAGGGUGACACGCGCGCCGAGACUCACGGGUCAAAGGUUCAUCUGUACAUCACUGAUGACUGCAAACUCAACAGUGAAAGCGCUCAGCACAAAUUAAUGAUCUGAUACUGCAACAGCGGUCAGGAGCAGCGAAAUAAAUUGCCGUAACACACGAUCGUCGUAAAAUGAGAUCGACGCAACAUGCGUUCCAUGAAGCUCUUCUUGCUAAUUGUACAGAUUAUGAAAUUAUAACUUUCUCCUCUAAGACGCUACUCACAAUACUCACAACCAACAAAUCCUUGAUAAUUAAGACGAACGUUUUCCAUACAAAGGAGCGGAUCAUCUAGCAAACGCAGGAUCAUAGACCAAUUGUGCACCUCCGUCGUUUCAGUCCUUGUUGAACGUUCCAUGUUGUCGGAUCUAUUGCUGCGUGUCCACACACAUUAAUGUUAUCCAGAAAUAAUAAAUCGGACUUUAUUUUUAUAUAGAGUUUCA